AUGCUCAUUGUGGCGGCUUUUGAAACCCUGUCGGCCCGACUCUUGGGCAUCGCGUUUGCGUCUUUCGCCAGUGGCUUGGGAGAGCUUACUUUUCUACAACUCUCAACCACGUAUCACCCGAAGAGCGUCGUUGGACAUGCAGUUGGAUAUUUUGCCAGCGGCACAGGGGCCGCUGGGCUCGUCGGUGCCGGGCUAUGGUGGGAACUCCGAGCACUGGGAGUUCGAGUAGGAGUUGGAUUGUCAGCGCUCCUACCGUUUGCCAUUCCCCUAACGUAUUUCUUCGUGCUUCCUCCUCCCGGCGAUUAUACAACUGUUGUCGGCAGCGGAGUUGAAUGGAACAAUCCAGGGUCCGAAUACACAGCACUUCCGGGGGAUGAUACCGAAGCCGAGGAUAACACGCCCAUUGGAGUAGCUUCUGCAGUCAAUCCCCUACCGGGGCUUUCGUCUUCCGAUAAGUGGCGUCUAGUUCGUCCUCUACUACUGAAAUACAUGCUGCCGUUGUUCUGUGUUUAUACUUUCGAAUACACCAUCAACCAGGGUAUAUCUCCAACUCUAGUCUACCCCGUUCCUGAUGUGAAAGAACACCCGGUGCUAGGACGGAUUGUAAAAACGUUGCGGGAUUAUUACCCCCUGUGGCAGUUGAUCUACCAAGCUUUCGUGUUUCUUUCUCGAUCAUCCAUAUCCCUGGGCCUACCCGCACUUCCCACUGCGCUUCUUCCCCUUCCGGCAGUCAUCCAGGCGGUCAUCAUGGGAACUCUGGCCCUGGAGUCAUCUACCGGCUUCCUCUCUGGAGGACAACCCGAAACGACAACACAAGGAUUCGUUCUCCCAAUACUAAUGUCACUCAUCGCUGUUGAGGGGGUCUGUGGUGGACUUGCUUAUGUCAACGUGUUUUACCGCGUGGGCCAGGAUGGCGCUCAAAGCUCAAGCCUUGACGACCCGCAUUCAAGGGAAUUGGCUCGACAGGAGCAAGAAUUUCGGAUUGGGAGCAUUGGUUUCGCAGAUAGCUCCGGUAUUCUGCUCGCAUCAUUGAUCUCGAUGCCGACCGAAUCUGCAGCUGCGUGCUACACAAGCCUCCCUUCUAUUGUCGAUCCCUGGUGCCACGAACACAGCAAUAUGCGCGGGUCCGACUCUAGUAAGGUUAAGCAUGGCAUUAUGAGUGGUCUGAAACUGGCCACUCAUAUUUCAAUGGCAUCUGCGACAACGUCAUUCUACAAUAAGACUGGGCUUCAACCAGAUGAUAGCAGUGACGUUCCCGAGACUACUCGUAGUUUACUUGAGCAAAUCGUAUCAAUCGACGAUCUCCAAGAGAACGCUCGUCAUGCAAUGGGCCGAAAAGAUCAUCAAUCAAUGAAUCAAGACAAGUACUUAGAUAUCCUCUCCAAAUCCCUAGGCCACUUCCGAGACCUCAGAGGGUUGACUUUCUAUGCUGAGGAUCUACGAUCCAUUUGGUCAAACAAAGAAAUUCAACAAAUCUUUCGUCACCAGCGCUGGAGCGAGAUAGGUGGCUCAGGCUGGAACGACGCUCUCGUACCUCGGUCUGGCCACGCUCUCAACAACCUAAAUGAUCUGAUGGCUCACGAAGAGAUGGAAUACGUCCCGCGAGCGAUCAGCGAUAAACAACGCCAUUCGAGUGCCUACAUGUCUGUUGACCGUCUUUACCUUUGGGUGGUGAUGGAUGCACUCAAUCAAUACCAUGAACCUACCGCCAAGGAUGCCAGCAAGAUAGCGGCCCAAAACAACAACCCUUAUCGUAUACUCAAACCACUUGCCCAGAAGAAAGGCUGUAGAAUGAUUGCAGAGAGAAUAGGAUUACAAGAAGUGAUCAAGUUGGAUGAAUGGGAGCUCGUGGCCGAGUCCGAAUACGCAUAA